AUGCCGUCCAGAGAUUCCUUGCCACCUGACCAUCAUCUGCGACAAGGCCCAAAGAUGCUCCCUUUCCAGCAGAGUGAGGACAUCGAUAACUUUCUUGUCCGUUUCGAGCGCAUUGCUCGCACCUGGGGCUGGCCUCAGUCUGACUGGGCCUGCCGACUUGUUCCACUCUUGACCGGUAAAGCCCUGGAUGCCUAUUCUGCGAUGGAGGAAGAUGCUUCCAACGUCUACACUGACCUUAAAGAAGCCCUCCUUGCUAAGUUUGAUAUCUCUCCUGAGACUUAUAGGCUCCAGUUCCGGUCAACCUACAUUCCCCCUGGUGAAUCUCCCAAGGAGACUUACAACAGACUCAAAGGUCUCUACAGAAGAUGGAUCAAGCUAGAGCAGCGUUCCAAAGAAGACAUCGCAGAGCUUUUCAUUCUGGAGCAAAUGCUUCGCAUGCUGCUCAACGAAAUGAAGACUUGGGUCAAGGAACACGAGCCAGAAGACGGACUUACUGCUGCUAAACUUGCAGGACAGUACGUGAAUGCUCGUAAAGGACUCCGAAUGCCAAGGCAGCAGAACAAUCGUGUAGCAGCCCAAGGUUCAGCCGACCUGUCACACCAAAGCAGGUGGUUACAGCAUCUCAGGGAACAACAGACUGUUCCCGAGACAGAGUCCAGUGAAGGAUCUCAUCUGCUACCACUGCCAACAGCCAGGGCAUCGAGCCCCAGUCUACCCCUUGAAACAGAAGACCUGGUAUGACCAAAAAGCGCGUCACAGGGUGCUACACCCAGGUCAAAAGGUCAUGCUCUCGCUUCCAACCUCAAGUCAUAAACUGCUGGCCCAAUGGAAAGGUCCUUACUCCGUGGUCAGACAAGCUGGUCCA